UGUGAGGAAAGUGCUGACUUCGAAUGACGAAAUGUAUUCGCAGAGACUGAUGGAGUGCAGGCGAGGCUUUCAGUUAUAGCAUGGAUCCAGACAGUGAGCCGGAUACACAACGAGCUCUCAGUUUGCAAUGGAAGAGCUAUAAGCUCGUCCAAGACCCAGCCAUCCGGAGGGUUAACAACAAAAUAUACCGAUACGAUGGGGUGCAUUUCAGUGUGCCGGACUCGGGGUUCCCCCCAGUGGGAGAUUUGCGGGACCCUCGACCUCGUAGAAUCUGGUCCAGGCACACAGAGAUGGCCCUGCCAGUGCCCAAGUUCAAACUGGAUGAGUUCUACGUGGGUCCCAUUCCCCUCAAAGAGGUGACCUUUGCUCGCCUCAAUGACAACAUCAAGGAACCCUUCCUGGCUGAGAUGUGCGCAAAGUUUGGAGAGGUGGAGGAAAUGGAGAUAUUGUUUCACCCAAAGACCCGUAAGCACCUGGGCCUGGCCCGCGUGCUCUUCACCAGCACCAGGGGGGCGAAGGACACGGUCAAACAGCUGCACAACACCUCCGUCAUGGGUAACAUCAUUCAUGCUCAGCUGGACAUCAAAGGCCAGCAGAGGCAGAAGUAUUAUGACCUGAUAGUGAGUGGCUCCUACACACCCCAGACUGUGCCCACAGGAGGCAAGGCCCUGACAGAGCGGUUCCAGCCCCCAGCGCCAACACAACCAGACACGUCGUCAGAUAUCAGGCGGAGACUGUCCUCUGAGAUAGCUGGCCUGGCUGCGGGCUUGGCUGCAGGGGUACCGGCUCUCACCCCUGGGAGCACUACCCCCUGCUCUGUGGACACAGGUUUCAGUGAGCAACGUCUAGACACGACCCCCUCCUCCAUGGGGGGGCCCUACACCCCAGGCUCCUCCGCUUCCUCGCAGGGAGGAGGAACGCCCUACACCCCUCGCUCUGUCUCACAGGACUCGGGCUACGCUGUUGCCAGACAAGUUGGAUACAGUGCGGGCCCGUUGACCAGUGGCUACCCUCCCCAGGACAUGCUUCCCUCCUCCUCCUGCUCCUCCUCUACUGUCUCCUCCUCAGUCGGGGCAUACAAAGCUCCCCGGUACUCGGAGGACCCCCAUGCACCUCCUCAAGACCCCUACCAAAGGUGUCGCCCCACAUACCCCCCUACCGGCCCUUUCCGUCCUAACGAGCCCCCGCUCUACCCCACAUACCCAAACGCUGGAGGGGCUGGACAGCACAUGGCACACCACCCUGCAAUGCCUCCCCCACCUCCUGCACCCCAGUACGAGCAGCCCCCUCUGGCAGACCGGGACAGAGAGAGGGACAGAGAGCGGGACAGGGACUCAGGAGGGCGGUACGGUGCCGGUGGGACUGGCUCUAGAAGGUCAUCUUACCAGGAGGCCAACUCUUCCUCCAAGUAUUCCCACCACUCGCAUCACUCAGAGAGGGAGAGAGGCUACAGACGGGACAGCCUGGGCUCCAGAGAACACGGCAGACACCGUAACCACCACUCGCACAAUCACAGCAGCAGCAGUAGUAGUAGUAGCAGCAGCCGGCGACGGAGCAGCCACGACCGAGACAGCAGGGAGAGGGACAGAGACAGUGACUACUCAAACAGCUCUGACCCUAGAUUCAACUCCAACUCCCACCGCUCCUCCUCCAACAGUCUGUCCCCGCCUCCAUCUGCCUACCCCUCCUACUCCUCCUCCAAAGACCAACCCCCUCCCCACAACCCCUCUGUCUCCUCCCGCCUAGAGCCCUCCUCAGUGUAUCGUGCUCAGCCUAGUGGUGCUGGUUCUGGGGAGAGGGGGUCUGUGUCUGACAAGGACCCCCCGAUCCCACCACACCCCUCUGCCGCCCCCUCCACCACCUCCCCUCCCCCCUGCCUCUGUGAUAGCGGCGGCUGUAGCAGAGACGCUCAGUAUGACCAUACUAGUCUCCAUGGAACAGGACCUCUACGGGAGGAGACAGCCCAACCUGAACCUAUUGAUCCAAGGACCAGACAAGGAGCACAGACACCCCCCUACAACGGAAAGAGUCAGUCAUCCCCUCAUUCCUCUGGGGAAGACAUGGAGAUCUCCGACGAGGAUGAACACACCAUUACAGCAACAGACCCCUCUGCCUCCCCCUCUGACCCCACACAGCACUUUGGCACGUCCAUGCCUGCUCCACCCAUCCCCUCUUACCCCCCUCACCUCCCUCCCCCGGGCUUUUCCCUGCAGCCCCCUCCACCCCCCUGCAUCCCCCCACCGCUGGGCCACAUGGAGCUGCACCCUGAGUACCCUCCUCACAUGCCCCCACACAUGUAUGACUAUGCCAGCAGAUGUCCUCCUCUAAUGGCACCGCUGCCCCUGGCGACGCCCCCCCUUCAGACUACUACCACUCCAUGCCCCCUCCUCCACACUCCCACCACCCCUACAUGGACCAAGAAGGGGGUGGCUAUGAGCAGGAUCAGCACUACAUGCCCCCCCACAUGCCCUACGCCUACCCUGGCCCCUCUCAGAUGCCCCACCACCACGCCAUCCCCCCUCCACACACGGGCUGGGCCCCGCAUGUCUUACCCGAACACUACGCGUACCACACCCCUCCGCCCUAUGGGACAAUGCCUCCUGUGGGGGGAGAGGCCCAGUAUGGGGCGGAGGGAGACCCCCCAAAUGCCCCUGCUAACAGAGAACCCCCACGAGGCCACAGUGCAGCUGGUGCUGGCCACCCUCAUCCAGGAGAUGAAGAGCAUCAUGCAGAGGGACCUCAACCGCAAGAUGGUGGAGAACAUCGCCUUUGGAACCUUUGACGAGUGGUGGGAGCGCAAGGAGACCAAAGCCAAGCCGUUCCAGACCAUGGUUCGGGGUGUGGCUGCAGUGAGGGACGAGGACAAGAAGGAGGAGAACAAGGCCAGCAGCAAGCCCCGGGAGCCCCUCAUGUCUCUGGUGGACUGGGCCAAGAGUGGAGGAAUGGAAGGCUUCUCACUGAGAGGGGCGCUACGACUACCAUCAUUCAAGGUGAAGAGGAAAGAACCUCUGGAGCUAGCAGAGGUAGGAGAGAUGAAGAGACCCAAGACACCGGCAGAGGAUGACGACGAAGACUCGUACCAUGACAAGGGUCUAGAGGGAAGAAUGGCAGAUGGGGAGGGCCACAGGGCUGAGAGGGACAGCAGGCGGAGGAAGAAGAAGACGAGAAGUCGUAAACCUUGGGACCUGGACAGCGAAGGAGAAGAGACUUCUGACGGUUCUUCUUCAGAUAAGGACGAUGAGGAGGAGGGAAGUGACAAGGGGUCUGAAGAUGAGGCCUUGAGUGCGGACAGCGAUGAUGAGAGCCUCUCCUCAUCCACAGAGAGUUCUUCCUCCUCAACAUCAUCAUCCUCCUCUUCCUCUGAAGACGAGGAGGAAGGAGAGCAGGCCGGCAGUGGACUGGACACCAUGGAUGAGUCUACGAUGGACAGCACAACUCUGGACACAGAGAAGGGGGAUGAACGAGAAAAGUCUGCAGCUGCUGUUCCAAAAGCACCGCUCAGCGCCGAGAUCAAAGCUGAAAUUGCUGCCAGCAAGAAGGAUUCAUCAACACUCAGCUCAAACGCUCGUCCACCAGCCCCCCGCCCCUCCUCCCCAAUUGUCAUUGUGCCUCCUCUCAAGAAGCGAAGGAAGACCGUCUCGUUCUCUACCGGGGAGAGCGACUACAAACCCCACCUUCCAACUGUCCCCUUGUCCCCACCUCCCUCCACUGCCUCUCCUCUCUUGUCCCACAUGAAAUCUCACCUUCCAGACUCCAUUUUCAUCACCUCCACACCUGGAACCACCCCAUCCAAGACUCUCUCACUCCUCCCCUUUGCCUCCAAACCAGGCGAAGGCAAUGCCCUCUCUCCCUCCCCUGUUCUCACUGUUCCCUUGCCUGUACGCCCCGAAGACUCAAAAAAUAGCCCUGUCCCUCUGGUGUCCCCCCCAAUCACCCCCACCAAGUCCCCCAACAAACGGGGGGCCUCCCCCAAAUCCCCCGCUCCAGUGUGGGUGUGUCGCACCGUGCAGAACCUCCCUCUGGACCACGCCUCCAUGGUCAAGAUGGCCUUUGAGGAGGCCCCGCCCCCUGUCACAAAGGGCCGGGGCAGGGGACGCCCCAGGACUGUCAGCCUGUCGACCCCCACCCCUCCCCCCUCCUUCCACACCCUCAGAGAGGAGGAGGAGGAGGGACUGCUGACACUUGGUGAACAGCUGGGAGCAUCCAGCCAGCUACAGCAGGGCUCGGUGCCUAUGGUCGAUCUGUCUGUCCUGGCUGAUGUGGCCCUGAAGCUGGACCCAGACGCUGGAGACUCAGAAGAGACGGAGACGUCAGACGAGGCAGAGGAGCAGAAGAUGGAGGAGGAGAUGCUCCUCUCUCCCAAAGCCCUCCCCCUGGUUAUGGACCCACAUGGCCUGUCUGCCCUGCACGAACACAACUAUUCCAAAGCCCCCUUCCACCUCAUCCAUGCCCAAAAGAGGAGUGUCUCCAAACAGGAGCCUGGGGUGCUCCUCCCUGCAGACUUCAACCAUCACGCCAUCUCUGGGGUGCUGGAAGCUCCUGAGGAGGUCAUAGGGGAACCCCUGCCCUCUAGGGACGGACACCAGGCUGAGUACCUGUCUGGCAUGGGGCUGCUGUGUGAGGAUGGAGACAUGGCCAAGGCCUCUGUGCUGACAUCUCUCACCCCAUCAGCCAAGAGGAAGGGAAUGGCGGUGAGGGGCAGCGAACUGGAGGAGAUGGGGAAAGAGAAGAACAAGAAGAGGAGGAGGAAAGAUAAGGAAAAUCUGGUGUUGCAGCAAACGAAAAAGCAGAAGGAACAUCAGACCAAGAAACAGAAGAGGAAACUAGAGGAGGUGGACCUGGAGGAGGAUGUGGACGUGGAGCAGCUGGAGCCGGGUGAGCUGUCUAACACGGAGGACGAGGAAGAGUGGGACGAUGUGAGGAAGAGCGAGCGCCUCUUCCUCCAGGAUGCCGGGUUGACUUCGUCGCAGCGUUGGCCCAAGCCCAUCCCUGCCCCGGAGCCCGUCACGUUUGACCAGCGCAGCGAGUUUGAGCAGAUGACCAUCCUGUACGACAUCUGGAACUCUGGUCUAGACAUGGAGGACAUGACGCUGCUGAAGACGACCUACGAGAAGCUGCUGCAGGACGACCACAGCACCGACUGGCUCAACGACACACACUGGGUCCACCACACUGUUACCAACAUCCCCAACCCGCGGCGUAAGAAGAAGAGUGCAGACGGGCAGCUGCGGGAGCACGUGACAGGCUGUGCCAGGAGCGAGGGCUACUACGCCAUCAGCAGAAAGGAGAAGGAUGUCUACCUGGAUCUGGAACUGCCUGAGCAGGCCCUACUGGAGGCUGCCGACUACGACGCCUCGGGCUCAAACCGGCUGCUGUCAGAGAGACGGUCGGAGCAGCGCCGCCUCCUCAGUGCCAUAGGCAUCCCUGCAGUCAUGGACUCUGACCUGCUCAAACUCAAUCAGCUCAAGUUCCGGAAGAAGAAGCUUCGAUUUGGCCGCAGUAGGAUCCAUGAAUGGGGCCUGUUCACCAUGGAACCCAUUGCUGCUGAUGAGAUGGUCAUUGAGUAUGUGGGCCAGAAUAUUAGACAGAUGGUGGCUGACAACAGAGAGAAGCGUUAUGCCCAGCAGGGCAUUGGGAGCAGCUACCUGUUCAGAGUGGACCACGACACCAUCAUUGAUGCUACCAAGUUAGGCAACCUGGCACGCUUCAUCAACCACUGCUGCACUCCUAACUGCUAUGCAAAGGUGAUCACCAUAGAAUCCCAGAAGAAGAUUGUGAUCUACUCCAAGCAGGCCAUUGGCAUGAAUGAAGAGAUUACCUAUGACUACAAGUUCCCUCUAGAGGAAAAUAAGAUUCCCUGUCUGUGUGGAACAGAGAACUGCCGUGGGACGCUCAACUAAGAUACCACAGCAUGACCACUCUCACACAGGUGUGGCAGUACCCCGUUUCAGUCCCUCCUGUCCCCGCACCACAACCCCUGACUAUAACCAAGAACAAAGCCACACCCACCACCAACAGCCCCCCCUCCAGACCCCAAAGCCCACCUGCUCCUCCAGACUGUCAAACAGUUGUCUGUACCAUAUCCAGAAAACAGAGAGAGACAUGCAACGUUUGCACUGUUCACAUGCUUUAAUUUACCUGGGGUUAUGGUCUAUUAUCUUAGGGGCUGUGAGACUCUCCUUCCCAGGGGUGUGAUUAAUAAUUGGGUCCCCUCUCCUGUACCCCCAAACCCCUGAAAUGCAGCAUUAGUCUCCGCUGUAGCAGGAUUUAAUAACUUAGGACCACCUGUUCCCGUUCGUUCAAGGGUGGACAUUUUUUUCCCCUCUUCCAACAGCCUUUCCUUGGAAUAGAGAAUGCAACCAUAACCUAUCAGAACUGGUGUUGUGCGUCUUGUCUGCUUCCGCACAGAUAGGGAGUGGACCGGAAGCUUCCGCUAACCCAAACCCUCUGCCCACACACACCAAUCUGCACAUAGACGCACAGGAUUUACAAACAUAUUCAGGGUUUUAAAGGCGUUCGUUCGCAGUGUUAGUUACACACUCUAAUCCAUUGGGACUUAUGCAAGAUUUCCAAAAAUGAAGAUUGUUAGAGCUUUGUCAUUUUAUAGUAUUGCAUAUUCUUAUUACUAUUCUUGUUCUGAUUUCGUUGCGUGAGCUGUAGGUGGGUGCGUGACUCUCCCCUCACCAGUUUGUUUGGAGGAGAGACCAUUGACUUAAAUAUUUGUUUUUCACCAUGCUACAUAAGAACAAAUCAUUUGUAGAUCAAAUAGUCUAUGGCGUCACAUCAGUUUAUCUUCAAAGCUUAAGAUGGCUGCUGAGUUUUAGUCUGCAGGUUUAUCUCAAUUUGGAAUGCUUUGUUUGUUCCCUUUACGUUCCCCUUUCCCCAUUGUGAUGUUGUCCCUCCUCACUUUAGGAAGCAGAGAAAGGACCUGACCCAUGUGUAUCUGUGUGUGUGUAUCUGUGUGUUUUAAGAGAAUGUAUUCUUACGAAAGAGAGUACGUUUUUAUUCCUGUCGUGUGAAUGUGCUCUCACUGUCAAUUAGUAGUUUUGUGCUAUUGAACAAGCUGCAAAUGUCAGGUUGUCUGUGCUUUUUGUAUGACAUGGUCAAGGAACACUGUUUCUAUGAAAUCUCCCUUAUUUGGCAAACCAUUACAGACAAAUCUGUUCAAAAAAUGUUUUUAAUUUAAAUGUAACCUUCAUUUAAGUAGGCAAGUCAGUUAAGAACACAUUCUUAUUUUCAAUGAUGGCCUACCCGGACUACGCUGGGCCAAUUGUGCGCCACCCUAUGGGACUCCCAAUCACGGCCGGAUGUGAUACAGCCUGUAAUCGAACCAGGGACUGUAGUGACGUCUCUAGCACUGAGAUGCAGUGCCUUAGACUGCUGCGCCACUCGGGAGCCCAAACAUAACCCAUUGACCCCAGUACAAGUGUUGAGGUCUGUGUAUGUUGGACUUUGUCAUUUAGUGUGUGUUCUGAAUGGUUUUAAAGGGUGAACUUAUGUGUAGAUCAGAUCUGGUAAAUCUAGUUUCUAGCUUGAGUUGCUCUCUCAAAUCAAGCAUUCGCUGUCCCAAGUUUUUAAUCUCUGAUUUAGAUGUUUUAAAUGUCACAAGGCCCCUCUGUGUUCUGUUCCUUCCACAGCAGAAAAGUUAUCUAUAUUUCUUGUUGCAACAGGCGCUUUUCAGUAAAAACCAACCCUCUAACUUUAAAAAUAAAAAGAUAGAAAAAAAGUUCAGACAAAAUGUACAUAUUGUAGUGGUGUUUGUUUCUCGUAGAAACACACUGGUUCCAGUCUGUAAAUACGUUGUUCCUUUCCUACAUCCCAUGAGGAAAACUGUACAUACCUUCCAUUGUUCUUUUUUGUUUUUCCUUUUAAUUUGAUUUUAAUAUUAUUUGCAAUAUUUCUCUUGUAUUAAUGCGUUGAAAUCUUUUAUUAAUGGUGCAUUAAAAUAUUUUUUAAA